GUGAAGUGCAUGCCGUAUAUCAAUACAUGAAAUGGUUGCAAGUUACGAGUCGGCAUAGAAUUGCAUAUCAAUGCAGGAAAUGACAGCCAAGUUAUGACACUCGCAGUGUGGAAACUUGAGAUCUUUACGUUGUCGGGUCUGGUUGCCCUAAUCAUCCUGUUGAAGAUUAAUUUCAAGUCUCGUCUCAGCCCUGGAGGGGGAAUGAUAAAGGAAAGACUAAGAUCAGCAUGGGUGACGAAUCUGGACCAGUGGAGCGAUUCCAAACCUACCUGAGGAUCAAGACUGUCCAUCCAGAGCCUGACUAUGAGGGUGCCGUCAAGUUUUUGCGUGCCCAAGCGGAAGAGAUUGGCCUGCCCUGCCGCGUGCUGGAGCCAGUCAAGGGCAAGCCGGUGGUGAUCAUGACCUGGGCGGGCACUGAGCCGUCCUUGCCCACCGUGCUGCUCAACUCGCACACGGACGUUGUGCCUGUGUUCCCGGACCACUGGGAGCACGACCCGUUCGGCGCAGUGAAGACGGCCGCCGGCGACAUUUUCGCCCGCGGCACGCAGGACAUGAAGUGCGUGACCAUGCAGUACCUGGAGGCGGUGCGGGAGCUGAAGGCGCGAGGCGUGCAGCCUGUCCGCACCGUCCACCUUAGCUUCGUGCCCGAUGAGGAGAUCGGAGGCGUGACGGGCAUGAAGGCGUUCGUCGAGACAGACGACUGGCAGCGGCUGAACGUGGCCUGCGCCCUGGACGAGGGACUGGCCAACCCCUCCGAAGAGAUGACCGUCUUCUACGGCGAGCGGCACACCUGGAAGGUGGAGGUGACCUGCUGCGGCCGCUCCGGCCACGGCUCGCGGUUCCUGCCCGACACGGCCGGCGAGAAGCUGAGCCGUGUGCUGCAGUCGUUCCUCGACUACCGGCGCCAGCAGGAGCAGCUGCUGGCCGACCACCCCGACUGGAAGCUGGGCGACGUCACCACCUGCAACCUCACCAUCAUCAACGGCGGCAUUCAGCGCAACGUGGUACCGGACAAGUUCCACGCGUGCUUCGACUGCCGGGUGGCGCAGCGCACGCCGCCGGACGAGUUUGAGGCGCUGGUGCGCGACUGGUGCCGGCAAGCUGGGCCCGACGUCACGUACAUCCUGUCGCAGAAGGAGGACAACCUGGAGAACAGUCCCAUCUCGCCGGACAACCCCUGGUGGAGCGCCUUCUCCGCCGCCCUCGCCAGACUCGGGGUCAGCACCUGCCCCGAGAUCUUCCCGGCGGGCACCGACAGUCGCUUCAUCCGCCGGCUGGGGAUUCCCUGCUACGGAUUCUCGCCGAUGAACCGGACUCCGAUCUUGCUGCACGACCACAACGAGUUCAUCAACGAGACCGUGUUUCUUGAGGGCAUUAAGGUCUACGCCGAGUUGAUCCCCAGCCUGGCACGCGUUCCUGCCUAGGCCGUGCGGGGUGCCGCUCGUGGAGGGGGUGGCGCCGCUGUCCGGCGGCUGGCGCGGCCGUCCCACUGUGGUGGACCCAGCACCGCGGGGUGGUGCUACUCUCCGAUAGCGGGCACCAUUCUGCGAUAUCCAUGUUGAUUAUGGCGGUAUAUAUUUGCCAUCCUGCGUACAUGGGGGGGCCGUGGCAGUGAUGCUAGUGGGGAAGGCUGUGAUAGGCCGAUGCCAGAUUACCCUGGGGGACUAGAUCUAGUCUUUUGGGCAUGUAACGAUAGAUUGCCUAGCAGGGAAAUAUCAUAAGCGCUUCGAUGUGUCAGUGUAUACGCGCUGUGUUGUUGGGUAGUUCAUGGAAUACAGGUUCGUCGGAAUGAUUCGCGAGGAAUAGCUAUGGUUUACAGCAAGCGGAUUGCAUCGGUAUGUAAUGCGUCCAUGGCGUGACCGCCGGGAGAGGCUGGAUUACCUGCAUGUGCUCAACUUUCCUUCAAAUACAAGCAUUUCAUGUUUC